UCAAGGUAGGGUAUAACCCCGAUGCACAGUGUACAACAUUUAAGCAAUUGUACAUGCCAUGUAUGUAUAUACUAUAUAGUUCGUUCGCCCCAAAUUGAAUUCAAAUCACCCCAAUGUAUAUAUAUAGCAAACACAUUAGUAAUCAUUCUUGACAACUUAUUUCGAUCCGAGGAGCGAAAAGGAACCGGCAAUCAGAUUCAGAGGUGAAUGGCGAUGGCGAGGGGAAGCUCUGGCCUCGCUUACCCGGAACGAUUUCAUGCUGCUGCUGCGUAUGCAGGUUUUGAUGGAUCUCCCCCCGACCCUUAUAGCUCUAAGUUCUCCAACGAAGUCGCUUUGCUCCUCUUUGCCCUUUACCAGCAGGCAAUUGUAGGACCUUGUAAGAUUCCGAAGCCUAGAAGUUGGAGUCCAGUAGAACAAAGCAAAUGGACAAGCUGGAAUGGACUUGGUAACAUGGCUUCCACUGAGGCAAUGCGUCUCUUCAUAAAAAUAAUAGAGGAAGAAGAUCCAGGUUGGUAUUUCAGGGCCUCAAAUUUUGUUUCAGAGCCUGUAAUUGACGGAGAUAUGAAUCAUAAUCCAAAAUCUGAGCCAAUUAUUGAGAACGGAAAUGCUUUUCCCGAGACAAAAACUAUUCCUACUGAAAAUGGCAACUUGUCAGAUGCUCGGGAUAAAGAUGUUGUAUCAGAAAGUUUUGGUGCAGUUAGUGUAUAUGAUCAAUGGGUUUCACCUCCAGUAUCUAGUCCACGACCGAGAGCUCGAUAUGAGCAUGGAGCUGCUGUUAUUGAUGAUAAGAUGUAUAUAUUCGGGGGCAACUACAAUGGGCGUUACCUUAGCGAUCUCCAGGCUUUGGACUUGAAGAGUUGGACAUGGUCUAGGGUUGAAGUUAAAGCAGCUGGGGGUGAGGCUUCUCCCGUACCAGUAGCUCCUUUGGCUGGUCACUCCCUGGUACCAUGGGAAGGAACUAAGCUCUUAUCAAUUGGUGGACAUAUGAGAAAUCCUUCUGAAAGUGUGCAAGUGAUGGUGUUUGAUCUGCAACUGCAUACUUGGUCGACCUUGAAGACAUAUGGAAAGACACCGGUUUCCCGUGGAGGACAUUCAGUAACCCUUGUAGGAACAAGCUUAGUAUUAUUUGGUGGACAAGAUGCAGAUCGAUCGCUCCUGAAUGAUCUACACAUUCUAAACUUAGAAACCAUGGCCUGGGAUGAAGUGGACACGCUGGGAAUGCCGCCUUCUCCAAGGUCAGAUCAUGCUGCCACUAUACAUGCAGAGCGCUACCUUCUAGUUUUUGGUGGGGGCUCACACACUGCUUGCUUCAAUGAUCUGCAUGUUCUUGACCUGCAAACUAUGGAGUGGUCAAGGCCUACUCAACAGGGUGAAAUACCAAGUCCACGUGCCGGCCAUGCUGGUGUAGCUGUUGGAGAGAAUUGGUUUAUUGUUGGGGGAGGCAACAACAAGAGCGGGGUCUCUGAAACUGUUGUGCUCAACAUGUCUACUUUGGCUUGGUCAGUUGUAACAACUGUUCAAGGACAUGUUCCUCUUGCCACUGAGGGCUUGAGCUUGGUCUUAUGUUCAUAUAAUGGUGAAGAUAUUGUAGUUUCUUUUGGAGGAUACAAUGGGCGAUAUAAUAAUGAGGUCAGCGUACUAAAACCAAGCCACAAGUCAACCUUGCAAUCCAAAGUGAUUGAGACUCCUGCAGAUAGUGUUUCAGCAGUGCAUAAUGCGACUAAUGCCACAAGAGAUAUGGAAUCAGAGUAUGGAAUGGGCCAAGACGGCAAAAUAACGGAAAUUGUGAUGGACAACAUUGAGUCCGAGCCAACGGUGAAUAAAGUUGAAGAAACUAGUGAAUGUCUUUUAGCAGCUCUCAAAGCUGAGAAGGAAGAAUUAGAGUCAUCUCUCAGCAAAGAGAAGUUGCAAACACUCCAGCUGAAGCAAGACUUGACAGAUGCCGAGGCUCACAACAGUGACCUUUACAAGGAACUCCAAGCUGUACGAGGUCAACUUGCCGCUGAACAGUCUAGUUGUUUCAAACUUGAGGUUGAUGUUGCGGAGCUAAGACAAAAGCUACAAGGAAUGGAAACAUUACAAAAAGAACUUGAGCUCCUGAGACGACAAAAGGCUGCUUCUGAGCAAGCCUUGAGCGCAAAACAAAGGCAGAGGUCUGGUGGAGUGUGGGGAUGGCUUGCUCCUCCUCCUCCUAGUCAGCGAGAUGAUGCAUGAUAGAAAACUUCGAUGCAUAGCACACACCGAUGUUUAUCAGUUAUUUUUUUAAUCAAAUAUUUGUUAUUAUAAGUUGUUCUUACUGUUAGGUGGAGCGGGAUAUAGUGUGUGAUGGCUGGUGGGGUUUUUGUUGUAUAAUUACCAAGAACAGUUAGUGCCGGAUAAUUUUCUAUUGAGAGUUUCGACAGAACCUCCACUUCCAGAAGAUAGAAGUUUUGGAUGCGAAAGUAUAGGAAGUUUUUUUUACUGGUGGUUGGAAUACCGUUUGGCUGUAAUGCUUAACCUCUUUAAUGUAAUUGACAUUGUGGUGUGACAAUAUUUCAACAUUGUACAAGCCGAGUCAAGGCAGAAUAGGAUACACGUAAACUUUCUUUCUCUUUGGAUAUUUUCUUAUUUUAAUGUUAUAAUUUUUGAGCGCUCAAGCGUUUAUAAUUAAAGGUUACAAUUUACGAA